CUCCCCCCCACGCGCAUGCGCAGUUCGCAUAACGGCGUGCGAGCACUUGAGGAGGAGGCGAUCAUGGCGAGCAUAGAGGACAUGUACAAGAACUACGGCAUCUUGGCCGACGCGAAGGACAAGGUGGUCGAGCACAAGGAUGCUUACCAGGCUAUCCUGGAUGGCGUCAAGGGUGGCCCCAAGGAGAAGCGGCUGGCAGCGCAGUUCAUUCCCAAGUUCUUCAAGCACUUCGCGGACCUGGCCGAGAAUGCCAUCAACGCACAACUCGACCUGUGCGAGGACGAGGACGUCUCGAUUCGCCGCCAGGCCAUCAAGGAGCUGCCGCAGUUUGCAACGGGAGAGAACCUGCCGAGGAUAGCAGAUGUACUCACGCAGCUGCUGCAGUCCGAUGACCAGACCGAAUUCACGCUGGUGAACAAUGCUCUGCUGAGCAUAUUUAAGGUUGACGCCAAAGGCACGCUGGGAGGGCUCUUCACACAGAUUCUGCAGGGAGAGGACGUGGUGCGGGAGAGGGCUAUCAAGUUCCUCUCGACGCGCCUCAAGACCCAGCCCGAGGAGGUGCUCACCAAGGAGGUGGAGGAGUACAUCAUGGUGGAGUGCAAGAAGGUGCUUGAAGAUGUCACGGGCGAGGAGUUCAUGUCCUUCAUGCGUCUCCUCUCCGGCCUCAAGUCGCUGCAGUCCGUGAGCGGGCGGCAGCAGCUGGUGGCUCUGGUGGUUGACCAGGCCGACCUGGAGCAGGAGUUCAACCCGGCGGAUCCGGACGCCGUAGAUCGGCUUCUGCAGUGCACCAGACAGGCGCUGCCGCUGUUUUCCAAAAACGUGCACUCCACACCAUUCGUCACGUACUUCUGCCAGCGCGUCCUCCCAAACCUGAGCCUCCUGCCAGGAGAGGAAAGUGGCAACACGCAACUCGAGGUUUUGAAACUGCUGGCUGAGAUGUCUCUCUUCUACGGCGUCGACAACGAUAAGCUGGAGAGCAGCGUGAAGGAGAUAUUCAACAAGCUUCUCGAGUACAUGCCGCCGCCACCGGAGGAGACGGAGAACGGCGACGGCCCGGCGGCGACUGCAGCGCCAGCGGCUGCGGCAGAGGCGGCGGCGCCGGCGGCGGGCGCAGCGGUGGCAGCCGUGGCAGUGGCGGCAGCCGGGGCCUCUGAGGAGCCGAAGCUGCAGUUCAGCAUGGUGGAGUGCCUGAUGCACACGUUCCACCAGCUGGCGCGCCGCACGCCCGCGUUCCUCACCGACGCCGGCAGCGCCGAGCGGCUCAAGGACUUCAAGCUGCGGUUGCAGUAUUUUGCCCGAGGCUCCCAGGUCUACAUUAAGCAGCUGAGGUCUGCGCUGCAGGGCAAGACGGGCGAUACUCUCAAGACACAGGAGAACAAAAUCAAGGUGGUGGCGCUAAAGAUAACGAACAACAUCAACAUCCUCAUCAAGGACCUCUUCCACAACCCCCCGUCCUACAAGAGCGCCAUCACGCUGUCGUGGAAGCCGGUGCAGAAGGCCGUUGCCCCCGCCGCCACCACCGCUGCCUCCGUGGCGCCGGCGGCCGAAGUUGGGCAAAAGCGGCGGUCUCUGGGCGAAGAGGACACCGCGGCCAAGAGACUGGUGGGCCCCAGGAGGGACGAGCGGCAAACGUACCGCCCUCCGAGCGGCAAGUACAGCGGAAACAUGACGAGCUACAGCUCCUACGCAGACCGUGGUCGAGGAGGGUUCCGGGGAAGGGGCAGAGGUCGAGGUCGUGUGACCUAUUGACCUCUUGACCCCCCCACCACCACCCAGUCAAGGCGAGCACGGGCAGCCUGCAACGACCCCGCGAUGACCCACCCGCGUUUUUAUACGCCAACGGACGAAGGACGGUCCCGUUCCUCGCCCCCCUCCACCGAUCGCCCAUCAUCACGACCGCCAACUGCAGCGCUGUCCUGCACGGCGCGUGAUCCCACACCCAACCUCUUCACUCUCAACCUUCCAACCAGACCCUGGGGCAAUUGUAAUUAGAUCUACAGCAUUGUAAGAUGAAAUAACAAUUACACCGAUUUCAGUUCAUUAUGAAUGACCCAAGGUCUUGCUCCUAACCCCGAAACCGCCCACCCAACCUUAACCCAAACCCCGACCUGAACCCACGACCCUAUCUACAACUCUAACCUUAGUGCCCCCAAAACCCUCACCUCUGGAUCACACAGUCGCUCGUAAUUUCAUUGUUUUAUACGUGAGUGUGUUCAACUGCAGAAUGGCCUUUUCCACGCUCCUGAGUAAGUGUUUUACAUUAACGAGACAGAGGCUCUCACUCCGCUGGGCAUCGCCAUCGCCGCAUCACCAUCGCCCCAUCACCGUGAGCCCCAUCACCUUGGGCACCAUCACGGGUAAAUGGCCCAUCAAUCGGUAGCACAGCCCCCGCCCGCCCGCCCGCCCCCUCGUAGUGACUAUUAUUAUUUCUGCUUGUACGUUUGAUGAGCGUAACUAAAUUGCGCGUUUGACGGUCAAGUGUGUGUGUGUCCACCCCGACGGCGACACAAGUCCUCGUCUUUGGCCCGGGUGGUCGUUCUCACCCACGCCAGAGUUCCGUUUCGGGGGGUGGGAUGUGGGGGGUACGCGCCGCUGCCACCGCCCCGCCGCGUUUGCUCCCCUACGGAGCAGCAGACGAAGCGGCGGUGACGGUGGAUUUGGUAGGGACUGUUUCUCGUCGAGGUACGGUGCGAGGAAGAAGCGUUGGUUACGAUUUGCUAAUUUGUUGCGGGGCGGGGUGGGUGGGAAAGGGAGAAUGUGGCGGGUUGGCGCAUUGCGUUCGGAACCCAGCGAGCUGACAAGUGUUGAACGUUCACGGCUCACAUCGGUGGCGAUUGAUAUCUGAACCGAUCCCGGCUCGCCGAUUUGGUCAACCGCGCCGCAGCACAUUUAUCCAACGUCCAGCUGAAUAGCUCCGUGGCGAUAAUCGACCCGGAUGAAAUGGAACAUCUGAGAUGGCCAGGAGAAACUGGACGGUACAAAUGAGUAUUUUUAAAGCGAUCGAUCGAUUCUGGAAUUAAAGCGCGGUCCCCGCACCGUGACAAUUCUCAUCGAAUCGCCGGCGGGGCGAAUCGUUGGCCACGUCUUGUGCACAACAACACCUUGUCGAGGCGAGGCUGGCGUGGCCGUGCCACUCCGUUAACUUAUAGAAAUCAUCGAGAGGCUGUUGAUGGGCAACCACUGCAGAGUUACAACCGCAUCGCCUACGACGACCAGGGGGAGAGAAGGGGGGGGGAUACGUAGAGAUGCGUGCACCACCACAAUCGGGCGCGUUGCAUUCUGUUUGGAGCUACAGAGGGGCAUUAUCGCUCUUCACAAGCCCCCUUGAUGCGGCGGUCGUAACACUGCUUCGUGAAUCGUGCUGUGAACGCCAUUCCCUCGGCGAGUUUUUUCGGUACAGAAGGAAAUGAAAUCGGGAGGAUAUGCGAUCGAAAGACGCAACGCCAUUGUAAAAUGAGCUGCAGUGGGCGAUUUUAUGAGUAGAGAUCGACCUCCAUAGCGUGGUGUGCAUGGUCCCGAGCGCAAGGAAAUGGCCCUGUCGCUCAUCCCUUGAUUCGGCCUGGGAUCUGUGGGCCCUGUUGCAGUCGCACCGCCCACGUGUCCUCAAUGGCUGAGCUACGGAAGUAGCCUCAAGGAAGAAUCUAGAUAGGAAAAGUGAAUACGCGUGGAGGAGGUGUACGUGUCGGCAACGGGGACGAGGGUGUCAGCCGUUCAAUCUCGGCAAAAGCACACGCCCGGUUUUAUUUUGGUUCGCGACCGAUUUUUUUUGCUUGUUCUCGGAGGCUGUGCGCGCGGUUACUCGGCAGUGGUGCAGCAGUUGGAAGUGGUGAUUACACUCUUCAGAGUGGUGGAGGGAGGGAGGCACCUUCGAGUGUGGAUUUUACUUGCGAUGUCGUGUGUAGUUUGUUCAUUGAAGCUACCAAAAUCCCAUGGUUUGGCCCGGGACGCUGCGGGGUGAAAUUUUUUUCCAACCUCCGGAAAGUCAAGUCUCCCAGAUUUUAUCCCUUUUAUUUUACGUUUCUGGCUGGUCUCACCUGGGGGCAAAGAGGGUGGCGCUUACCUGAGCAGUGGGAGUGGCUUCCCGAGUAGGUGGGCGGGGCCAUGGAGGUGCCAGCACUAGAAUGGGCCUGGCUAUAAAAAGUGGGAGUGACUAGGGGAGCAUGCCAGCCUUGCUCGCAACGUCCCGAUGCCGAGCCUCUUGAGAAAUUUGGUAGCUGUUAAAACAAAAAGUUUUGAGCCCAGGCGUAUUAUAUGACCUUAUGUGUUUGCAUGAUCGUUUUAUAGAAGAGUUUUCAUUAUGGUGACUGCAUUCCAGAUUUUGUUUCCUUCCCGCAGUUUAAGCAGGUGUAACAUUUUGACAAAUAAACAGUUUCCUCGGAACCUUGUCGACC